AUGUCUACGUUCAUAGAAAAUGUGCAUAUAAAGGAUGGCGAAUACACAAAAAUAAUUUACAAUAUGAUAAAAGAGCAGCGAUAUACCGAAACUAUUAAAGUCUUGUUAAAUCUCUUAGACUCUCAUCCCAAUUCCAGACCUUGUUUGUCCCUUCUGGCCCACUGUUACUUUUACACGCAAGACUUCUUGGCCGCGGCCCAGUGUUACGAGAAGCUCGUCCAGCUAUGCCCGGAGGAGAAUCUGUACAAACUCUACUACGCCCAGUCUCUGCAUCAGGCUUGCAUGUACCCAGAGGCAUGGGCGGUCUGUUCGAGCAUCAUCAAUCAAAGUAACUUGGAAUUCAAGGUGAAGAAGCUGCAGGCAGCUAUAAAAUACGGGCAGGAGGACAUGGUGGCUGCGAAGAAUCUCGUAGAUCAAUGUCCCGCCGACGACGUCGAUACAGAAAUCAACCUGGGAUGUCUCUUGUACAAGGAGGAGCAGUACGAACAGGCCCUCAAGAAAUUUGCAAAUGCGUUGCAAAUCGCGGGAUUCAAGCCUCACUUGUCGUACAACGUCGCCCUUUGCUACUUCAAGCUGAAAGAGUACGCGGCAUCGUUGAAACACAUCGCUACUAUUAUCGAACACGGUAUCAGGGAGCAUCCAGAGCUGAGCGUAGGGAUGGCCACCGAGGGCAUCGAGGUUCGGAGCGUCGGGAAUACGUUGACGCUGCACGAGACAGCGCUGACGGAGGCGUUCAAUCUGAAGGCCGCCAUCGAGUACCAGUUGCAAAAUUACGAUGCGGCGAAGGAGGCAUUAACGGACAUGCCGCCGCGUUCCGAGGAAGAGCUCGACGCCGUUACCCUGCACAAUCAGGCGUUGAUAAACAUGGACACGAAGCCGAGCGAGGGAUUCGAGAAGCUGCAGUUUCUGCUGCAGCAGAACCCAUUCCCGCCCGAGACCUUCGCCAACUUGUUGCUCCUGUACUGCAAAUACCAGUAUUACGAUCUCGCCGCCGAUGUCUUGGCCGAGAACGUACAUCUGACUUACAAAUAUCUGACGCCGUAUUUAUACGAUUUCUUGGACGCGCUAAUAACACAGCAAACCUCGCCGGAGGAGGCGUAUCGCAAGUUCGACGACCUCGCUAAUAAGCACACGGAAGCGCUUCGCAAGGCGACCAAGCAGGUCCAGGAGGCGAGGCUUAAUCACGACGACAAUGCCGUGAAGAAGGCCGUGACCGAUUACGAGGAGGCUCUCGAUCGAUACGUUCCCGUGUUAAUGGCACAGGCGAAGAUCUAUUGGGACUUGGAGAAUUAUACCCAGGUGGAGAAGAUCUUCAAGAAGAGCGUCGAGUUCUGCAACGAGAACGACGUGUGGAAGUUGAACGUCGCACACACGCUGUUCAUGCAGGAGAGCAAGUUCAAGGACGCGACGCGUUUCUACGAACCGAUCGUCAAGAAGAAAUAUGACAACAUCCUGGACGUGAGCGCUAUAGUCCUCGCGAACCUCUGCGUCAGCUACAUCAUGACCUCGCAGAACGCGGAGGCCGAGGAGCUGAUGAAGAAGAUCGAGAAGGAGGAGGAGGCGGUAUCGUUCGAGGAUCAGGACAAGAAGCUCUUCCACCUGUGCAUCGUGAAUCUGGUGAUCGGGACGCUCUACUGCUCCAAGGGUAACUACGAGUUCGGCAUAUCGCGGGUGAUGAAGAGCCUCGAGCCGUACAACAAGAAGCUCGGCACCGACACCUGGUUCUACGCGAAGAGAUGCUUCCUGUCGCUCCUGGAGCAACUGGCGAAGCAGCUGGUGGUCCUGAAGGACUCCACUUUACAGGAGUGCAUUCAAUUUUUGGAGCACUGCGAAGUUUACGGGAAAGACAUAAUGACGGUGAUAGACCAGCCGUUUGACAUACAGGACAUGCUGAACGUCUCACCUCAGGGCAAACGGACGGUCGUUUACGAGGCGCGAUUCCUCAAGGCAUUAUUCUUGAAGUUGCAAAUGUCUUAGCUGCGUAAAGAAAGAAUGCUAAUUAUGCCGUUGUACAUUUUGUACUCGCAAGAUAUCUUGUGACCGUCCUGUUUAUUGUUAGCAUAGCGCCGAAUUAUAUUAGUUAACACUUAA